AUGGUGGAGGCGGUGGCGCAGCGCGCCAUGCUGGCCAUGAGCCGCGCGGAGGAGGAUGUCACGGCGAAUCUGAUGUCCUCGCUGCUGGAGAGUCUCGAAGGCGAGCCACUGACCGAGCCGGUGAUAACCAAUGUGAAAUCUUCUGUGGGGCAAGAUCUAACCGUGGCCAUGCUAACCUUCGUGGCCGCAGCGAACCAAGGCAAGCCGGCGGUGGACUUGACGGCCGCCACCAGCGACGGCACCUUCCAGCCCAAGGUGUCGGUGCCCUUGAAGGUCUUGGACCAGCUGAGCGGCGGAAGCUCUGCCCCCGUGGCCAUCGCCAUGAGCAAGAUGACCGCGCAGUUCGCCAGCGACAUCGAGGCGGUGGGCCUGGCCAAAGCGCGGGAGGUCAUGAGCUCCAACACCUCGGCCGGGCCCUCGCUGCUUGGUCGGCCUCUGAGCAUCACGGUCUACGACAGCAACGGGGUGCCCAUGGACGGCAUGCCUCUGGCGGAGCCCAUGACGCUCACCAUUUCGGACGAGGCCAACGAGUCAGUGGCCUGUGCCUUCUACAACGAGACCACCUUCCGGUGGUCCACAGCAGGAGUCAGGCGGGUCACUCCCAACCUCAACGUCUCAGCUGGGACGCCAGUGCCGCUGGUCUGCGAGACCGACCACUUGAGUAUCUUCGGCGGGGUGUUGAACGUGCCGCAGGUGGACAUGGAGAACUACGAGGUGAUCUCGUUCGAAGACUCCUUUGAGGGCGGCGGCGGCGGGAGCCAGCAAGGCGGAGGCAACGUGAUCGACAAUCCGGUGGACCAGGUGGUAGACGUGGUGGAGGAGGUCCUGAGGUGCACGCAGGCCAAAGGCAUCUUCUCCCCGGAUGGCAUGGCUGCUCUGGGCCGAGGAGCCUGGGCCUCCUCGAGCUCCGCGGUGGCGCUCUGGGCUGUCUUGGCGCUGUUCUUCUUCGGGUGUGUGGCCGCCUUCGCGCGGGACCUCACGAGGAACCAGACCAAGUGGAUGAGUCAGUUGAUGUCGCUCACGUACCCAGAUGGGCAGGAGGAGGACGAGGACGAGGACGAAGCGCCGGAGGACAAGGCCAAGACCUUCAGCAAGACCUGCAUCAUGCUUCUCCACUCCUUGCAGGCCGGCAUGGAUGUCCAGUCGCUGGAGAUUGGUCUUGUGGUCAGGACGGCCGGAAGCAAAGAGGGCAUGGAGCUGAAGAAGCACAAGAGCCCGCUCUACGCCGCGGCGGUGAAGAUGGCCGACGUCAUCAACAUCUCCGUGGGCCACGUCCGCGCAACGACCCUCUUCCUAGAGGCCAACUGGUUGGCGCGGAUGCUGCUGCUCUUUCCAGCAGUGCACCGGGCCCUGAACGCCGGGCACGGCAGUUUGGUGGUCAGUCGUGUGUCGCGAGUGGUGAUGAUCUUCACGAAGAUCCUCAGCUCCGGUGCGCUGGCGGCGCUCUUCUUUCAGGGAAGCGCCCAAGGCAACGACUCCGAGGCGGCAUGCAUCAUCAACGGCAGCCUGGGCCUGACACUGGUGUUGGGCCUCGCAGCCGCGCUGGUGGGAGAUGUCAUCCUCUAUGGGCUCUCCGCGCUGAGGAAGCAGAGCUUCAAGUCGGCGCGGAGCAACCCGGGGCUGCAGCUGAAGGUCAAGGAGUGGCGGGUGAGGGACCUGCUCUUCUGGGCGAUCACUCUCCUGGCGUUGGUGCUCUCCAUCUACGUCAUCAUGGUCUUCUUCGCCACGGUGACGACUGCAGACUCCGACGCCUGGGCGGCGGCCGCCCUGGUGAUUCUCCUCGAGGAGUUCUUCUUCGCGCCCUUCCUGACGGCCGCGGGCUACGCGCUCCUGGCGACCUACACAUUGGAGGGCGACCCCAUGACGGUCCACACCCUCAGGACGGCGGCCUCCCAGGUCCAGGGCCAGUACCGGGCCUGGGAGGGGCCCUCAGCCGCAGACUUCCGGGUUCCCAUGCCGCCAGAGGGCGGCAACCUGCGGGCCCUUGGCUCCGCGCAGUCUGCGGCAGAGGCGCCGGAUGUGCUCGCCCUGGGCGACCGUCAGGAAGAGGAGCAGGCAGCGCAACAGCGCGCAGAGGCUGAGGAGCAGAGGAAACUGCAGGAGCAGUUGAGGGAGCAACUCGAGAACCAGAAGCGGCAGCUGGAACAACAGCGCCAGAUGCAGGUGGAGCUGCGAGAACAGCUGAUCCGGCAGCAGCAGGAGAUCGAGGAGGAGCGGCGCAGGCACCGGUCCCCGCCACCCGAGCGGCCACCGGUGAGGCAUUCGCAGCAGCCCUGGCAGCAGGAUAAUCAGCGUCAACUGCCCGGCACGGUGCCCGGCACGGUGCCGCUGCAGGUGCCGCAGAUCGUGACGCGGCAGCCGCAGCAGGUCACCUCGGUGAAUCUGGGCCUGCAGCGCUCCGUGCGGCACGGCGCCAUCGUCAGAAGCGGGCGCCCGGGGCCGCCCAGCUGGCCCCCGCCGGCCUUGCGGGGCUUCGACGCCCAGGGGCGGCCGCUGAACUCGCGGCCGCAGGUGCCGGGGAUGCCCGUGCCGAACCACGACAUGCGGCGGAACUCUCGCGAGGCCAAGGCCGCCAAGGCCAAGGCCGAGCUCUACAAGACCCCAGACGCCCAGGAGGUGCUGGAAAUCGCGCGUACCCGGAACCUCUACAAGUCCAACCUCUUCCGCCUGCAGCUGGAGGAGCUGAUCAAGGAGCUGGCGCCCCGCAAGAGCCCGCCGGGCCUGGAGGCCGCGCUGCAUGGUCUGAAGCCGUUGCUGCUGGAGAAGUUGCACUCGCGGGAGAUCCCGGCCAACUUCGCGGCGGAGUUCCCGGAGCUGCGGUUCCAGCUGAAGAGCGCGGCGGCGGCGGCGCUGGGCUUUGCGGCGCCGAAGCGGCUGGACGUGGUGGGCAGCUUUCUGCUGGGAACCCACAAGGAGCAGGUGGUGGAUGUGGCCCUGGAGAUGCCUUCGGAGAUGUUCAGAUCAAAGGAUUAUCUGAACUUCCGGUACCACGACAAGCGGGCCGCUUACGUGGGGGAGCUCCACCGACAGCUCCCAAACCUGCUCCAAGGGGACGCAGCGCUGGCACCGCUCAAGGCGGAGUUUGAGGCGCUGCAGGGGGACCCGCUGCGGCCAUGCCUGGCCUUGCGCUCGCCGGAGGGAAGGUGGGCCAUCCGGCUGCUGCCCAGCUACGCGGCGGAGCUCUGGCCGGCGCGGGUGCUGGCGCCUGAUCGGAACGCCGUGCGGCCAGAGGGUGACAAGAAGGCGCAGAAGCCCACUGCCCAGUACAACAGCUGCGUGCUGGAAGAUGCGCGCAUGCGUGAGCAUUUGGAGACCUUGCACGAAGCCGCCGCAAAGUUCGCGGGGCUCAAGGACGCCAUUCGCCUGCUGAAGCGGUGGGCUCUAUGCUGCGGCUUCAUGCACGACGGGGAGGUCUUUACACCACUCAGCGGCUUCAUGCUCUCCAUGCUCUGCGCCCACGCUGCGCAGACGGGACACGUGGCGCCGCAGCAGACCUCCUCCUUCCAGCUCUUCAAGCUGGCUUUGAGCGUGCUGGCCAAUACGCCGUGGCGGGAGCAGAAGGUGAUCUACGGCACGACGACGCCGGUGGCUCUGUCCAAGAUGGAGCAAGAGGUCUGUGCGGCCCACUUCUACGACGCGGCGGGUGCCUUGAACUUCUUCUGGCGUCUGGGCCCGGUGAUCGAGGAGCUUUGCUGGGAGGCCCAACGGGCGCUCCGGAUCUUAGACGCCCAGGCCGACCCCUUCGAUGCCGUCUUCGGCCGGGAUGCCGCGCCGGAGCUUGCCUGGGAUCUGGUCCUGCGAACGCCGCAGCUGGGCGGCACGUGCCUGUGCCCCGAUCUCAGGACAGACUCCAGCAGCGCCAGCGGCGCCAGCGCAGUGCCCAGCGACGCGCCGGAAGCUAUGGCGCUGGCGGAGUUGCUGCGCACCACCAUGCUGGCGGGGCUAGGGGACCGCUGCGUGCGCGCUGCCGUGCGACUCAUGGGCCAGCCGCGGCCUCGAUGGCAGAAGGUGGCCCCGGAGGGUGUAGCGGUGAUGCUGGGCCUGGCGCUGGCUCCGGAGAACUUGGAGCGGGUCAUCGAUCGGGGGCCCUCCGCCCAGGAGGAGGAGGCGGCCCAAGCCUUCCGGCGCCUGUGGGGGGAAGAGACCUCGGAGCUGAGGCGCUUCAAGGAUGGAAGCAUUUUGGAGUGUGUGGUCUGGAAGAAGCCCGCACCCGGGCGGACGGUGGAAGCGCGUAAGCAGCCUGCAGUGGUGACACAGAUUGUGCACCACCUGCUGGCUCGGCACUUGCCGCCGCACUUGUCCCCCUUGUCAGAGGCGGUGUCCGGGCCGGUGGGCUUUGUGGAGAACUUGGGCGAGAAGGAGCGCCGGGUCUGGGGGACCUUCGAGACCUUCCGCACCCACCUCUGCCAGCUUAGUUCUUUGCCACUGGCCAUCAAGGAGGUGCAUCCAGUGGACAGCGCCUUUAGUUACAUGUCGGUCCACACGCAGCUAGCGCCCCCGGCACCAUCGGGCAGCGACGCAGAGCUGUGGCGUCCGCUGUUUGAGACAGUGCUGGAGUUCGAAGCCUCGGGCCGGUGGCCGGAGGAGACAGCUGCAGCGCAGAAGGUAGCGGGGGCGCUCCUGCUACAGAUCCGGGAAGAGUUGGGCUCGGACCUGGGCAUCGAGGCCGACGCCACUGAGGCCUACCUGGACGUGCGUUAUCCGGAGGCGGUGUUCCGGCUCCGGGUCUUCCACCCCCACGAGCUGGCAGAGGCGGCCAACAAGGUCACCAACCUGCAGGCUGCCAACGGCCCCUCCGGCGGCGUCUCGGAGGAGGAGCUGCGGCGGCUGCGGGGCUUGUGGUGGCUGCCGCGGCUUCGGGGCGCGCUGCACGCGCACGCGCUCCAACUGCCGGCGCUGGCCGGGGCGGCGAGGCUGGUGAAGCGCUGGAUGGGCUCCCAGAUGAUGUCCGGCUACGAGGAGUUCGCGGAGCACCUGGCGGCCUUCGUCUUCCUGCACCCGGCGCCCUUCGACGCCCCCACCAGCGCACACCUGGGCUUCUGCCGGGUGCUGUGGCUGCUGAAGACCUUCGACUGGCAGCGGGAGGCGCUCAUCAUAGACAUCGAUGGGAAGAUCAACGAGCAGGAGCGCCUCGGCUUGCGUCAGUCCUUUGAGCAACACCUCGCCAAGUCGCCGCCGCUGAGCUUCUGGGUGGUCUCGCGCCUGGACCCCCACUGCCUGCUGCUGCCGACUCCGGGCACCACGCUCACGGCUUGGCUCCAGAAGCGCGCCGGCGAGGCGCUCAGGAUGUGCCACCGCCGGAUGCUAGGACUGGAGAGCACCUGGCGCGGCGUCUUCCAACUGGAGCUCAGCGCAUUUGACGUGCUGCUGCGGCUGCUGCCUCAGGAUCAAGCGGCGUUGAUCAAAGGGGAUCAGGCGAAGGCGGCGAAGGGGGCGAAGGGCGCGGCCCAGGCCACGCAGGAGGCCACGCUGGACCUGGUGCGAGGGCUCCAGGAGAAGCUGUCGCCGCUGUUCCUGGUGCUCUUCGACGCCCAGCGCCAGCUGCUGGCGCUGAAGUGCCGCCCCGGGGCCUUUCUGCCGCAGGGCCAAGCGGUGCUCGCAGGGGCGGCGCCGCACACGGUGAUCCAAGGCAAAGAUGUCCUUUGCGUGCCCAACAUCCUCUGCGUGCUGUCGCAGGUGUCCGCCCUGGCAGAGGCAGGACCUGGAAGCACCGGAGCGGUUGGCCUGUUGCGCGAGCGCUUGGGGGCCUCGCUUUUUCGCGCCAUGAAUGUCAUGGACUCGUGGGUGGAGCGGCUGUCGGAGGGCCGCAUCCGGCGUCCCGAGCCGGGGGAGAAGGCGACGGCCGCGGGAGAGUGCAUGCAGUGCCGGGUGCUGGGCACCUGCAUCUUCUCCGCCGCCUCGGCGCAUAGCGCCAUGGAGGCCUUCCGCUCCGGCCCAGGCGGGGGCCGGGUCUUCUUCGGCGUGGUGGCGCUGGCCUUUCUCAGUGCGGCGGGGUGGCGCGCGGCCACACCCACGGCGCCGGUGCACUGA